GCAUGUCUUCACACCUGCCCAACUUCUACACACAUUCUGAACACCAGAUGAGAAUGGUAUCCAACAAAGUGCAACCUUCCUCGAGGCCUCUGCUGUGCCUCCACCUAUUGAUCCUGCCAUGCCUAUGCCUUCUCUUCUCACAAGCACAUGCACGGCAUCAUGGGGACACACCACUCAGAUUUCAGAAGAUGGCUCUGCUCCACUGGAAAUCUACUCUUCAAUACUUGCCGCCACUGAUGAGAUCUUGGCAGGACAACACCGGCCCGUGCAAUUGGACUGGCAUCACAUGUAUGUCUAUGCGCCACGGUCGCCGCCCAACCAGCUGGGUUGUGACCAACAUCUCACUGCCAGAUGCCGGUAUCCAUGGCCAGCUUGGUGAGCUCAACUUCUCAGCUCUCCCUUUCCUCACAUACAUCGACUUGCAUAACAAUAGUCUCUACGGUCCAAUACCAGCUAAUGUCAGUGCAUCAUCCUCACUUCAGUAUCUAAAUUUGCACCACAACCAUUUUAGUGGUAAUAUACCAGAGAUUGGUGGCCUACAGAGCCUCAGAUUCCUUGAGGUCUCCUUUAACAACCUCACAGGCCCCAUCCCUGCAUCCUUGUGCAACCUAACAUCGUUAACACAGCUUGUCAUUCACCAAACCAUGGUCUCAGGUUCCAUUCCAAACGAUAUAGCAAGGCUUGUCAACCUGCAGCAACUACAACUAAGCAACAGCAGUUUAACCGGUGGCAUACCCAAAUCACUGCAAAAUUUAACCCAGCUGAAUUUUUUGUAUCUGUUUGGUAAUGAACUGUCUGGAUCCAUACCCACAGAACUAGGCAACCUCGUCAACCUGCAAGAACUCUAUCUUAGCACAAAUGAACUGUCUGGGGCCAUACCCACAGAACUAGGCCGGCUCAUCAAGCUGAAGGAACUUGAUCUUAGCACAAAUACACUGUAUGGUGAAAUCCCUGUCUCUUUAUCUAAUCUCACUGAAAUCACCUUGUUUCUUCUAUAUAAGAAUCAAAUUACAGGUUCUAUUCCUCCAGAUCUAGGCAGACUCAUCAACUUGCAACGGUUUGAUCUCUGCAUGAACAACCUUACAGGUACCAUCCCACCCGUUCUAUCUAACCUCACCAAGCUGAGCGAACUUGGUCUCUGUAAAAAUGGAUUCACAGGUCCCAUACCCCUUGAACUAGGUCGCCUAUCAAAUCUCCAAAUUCUCUUCUUGUUUACCAACCAGCUCUUUGGUUUUAUUCCUUCCAGCUUAGGAAACCUUAGUAGCAUACAGCAUUUGUCCUUGGAAGAGAACCAACUUGUUGGCACAAUACCAAAAACUUUUGGCAACCUGCAAAACAUCCAGAAUCUUCUCCUCUACACUAACCAGUUAUCAGGCUCCCUUCCUCAAGAGUUCGAAAACAUCACAGGCAUAGUUCAGCUUGACCUAAGCAACAACUCCCUUUCAGGACCUUUGCCUUCAAAUAUAUGCACAGGUGGCAGACUAGAACUUUUUAUGGCCCCUUUAAACAUGUUUGAUGGUCCUAUUCCAAGGAGCUUGAAGGCAUGUACGACCUUGGUCCGAAUGAGACUUGACGGGAACAAGCUCACAGGAGAUAUAUCUGAUCAGUUUGGUGUGUACCCACAGCUUGUGAAGAUAAGCUUAUCAUCCAAUAGGCUCUCUGGUCAGAUCCCGCAGAAUUUUAGCUUCUGUCCCCAACUAGAGGUGUUGUAUUUAUCAGAAAACUUCUUUACCGGCCCAAUACCUCCAUCCCUUGCGAAAUUGCCAAACUUGGUGGAACUAACACUGGAUUCUAACCGCUUAAGCGGUGAGAUUCCAUCAGAAAUCGGCAACUUAACAAAUCUCUAUAGCUUGAACCUAUCGUCGAAUCAGUUAUCCGGAUCCAUACCACCACAGCUCGGAAACCUGAGCAAUUUAGGCUACCUUGAUAUAUCUGGUAAUAAUCUGGGAGGAUCAGUACCCAACGAACUAGGUGACUGCAUCAAGCUGCAGACAUUGAGGAUCAACAAUAAUAACAUCAGUGGGAAUCUUCCUGAAGCAAUCGGAAAUCUGGCAAACUUACAGAUCAUGUUAGAUGUUAGCAGCAACAAACUCAAUGGUGCCUUGCCACAACAACUUGGACAGCUGCAGAUGCUGGAGUUUCUUAACCUUUCCCACAAUCAGUUCAGUGGAAGCUUUCCACCUUCUUUCACAAGCAUGCUGAGCUUAUCAACGCUUGAUGUGUCCUACAACAACCUGGAAGGACCAGUCCCAGAAGGACAUCUGCUUCAAAAUGCUUCAGUGGACUGGUUCCUUCACAACAAUGGCCUGUGCGGUAAUGUCACUGGCUUGCCACCUUGUCCUUCGAAUUCGGCUCAAUCGUACGGUCACCAUAAACGAAGGCUACUUAGUUUGGUACUGCCAAUUGCACUUGUUGUGGGUUUCAUAGUUCUCGCUAUAACCGUAACUGUUACAAUACUCACUAGUAAUAAAAGAAAGCCACAAGAAAAUGCUACUAGCAGUGGAAGAGAUAUGCUCUGUGUUUGGAAUUUUGAUGGAAGGCUAGCAUUUGAGGAUAUCAUAAGGGCAACUGAAAAUUUCAACGAUAAGUACAUCAUUGGAACAGGAGGAUUCAGCAAAGUGUACAAAGCACAACUUCAGGAUGGGCAGCUGGUCGCUGUGAAGAAGCUUCAUUCCAGUGACGAAGAGGUGAAUGAUGAAAGAAGAUUUCGUAGUGAAAUGGAAAUCUUAUCACAAAUCCGGCAGCGCAAUAUUGUCAAACUUUAUGGAUUCUGCUGCCAUCGAGAGUAUAGGUUUCUUAUCUAUGAUUAUAUUGAGCAGGGAAGCCUCCAUAAGAUAUUACAGAAUGAGGAGCUAGCCAAGGAAUUUGAUUGGCAGAAGAGAACUGCUCUUGUGCAAGACGUAGCUCAAGCGAUAGCUUAUUUGCACAAUGAAUGUAAGCCACCAAUAAUCCAUCGAGAUAUCACAAGCAACAACAUCUUGCUCAACACUAGUUUCAAGGCUUAUGUCUCAGAUUUCGGUACAGCAAAGCUUUUGAAACCUGAUUCAUCAAACUGGAGCGCGCUAGCUGGGACAUAUGGUUAUAUGGCUCCAGAGCUAUCCUACACCUCUUUUGUGACCGAGAAAUGCGACGUCUAUAGCUUUGGCGUGAUUGUCUUGGAGGUGGUGAUGGGGAGGCAUCCAGAAAAUCUUUUACAUGACCUUGCGUCAUCAUCACUGGAGAAAAAUCUGCUCCUUAAAGAGAUCCUGGACCAACGAUCUUCACCACCAACAACAACUGAAGAGGAAGACAUAGUUCUUAUCAUGAAGACAGCAUUUUCUUGCCUCCAAGCUUCUCCUCAAGCAAGGCCAACAAUGCAGGGGGUGUAUCAGGCCUUUACUUAUCGUCAGUCUUCUAGUUCCUUCCCUGGAGAUUUCAGUACAAUCACACUGGAGGAGCUACAGGGUGCAUGAAUACAUGAACAUAGUGUCUGGCUGCCCCAAAGUUCCUAUUGGCAUGUGCUUGCUCUCACAACAUCAAGUUGUAUCAAAUGUAUGUGAAGAGCUCAUUCUUGAAUGAAGUCAUCAAUAGAUUGGUCCAUGACUCUGUGGAGCAACCGUCUGGUUUUGAAGAUCCCAAGAAAUCACAAGUUCAUGACUUACGAGCAGUGUUCUGGUAUUGGCAUUAUAUGAAAGAAUAUGGAUUUGGCAACGUGGUGGGCUGGCGCCUCCCUAUCUGCACCCUUCUAUAACUUGUAUGAAGCAGAAUGAUGUGUUUAGGGUUCAGCCCAAACUGCUCUUGUACCAUACUUUUUCUGGCUUUAGCCAACAAUUGCUAAUUACAUAUAUAACUUGAGUA